AUGCCUGACCGCGUACUCGACGUCGUCCUCGCCGACCGCUUCACACCCACCUCGCGCACAAAGCCAACCCAUAUAACCGAUCCCGCAAACAACAAAUUCACCACCCCUCUCAAUGUCUGUGUCAUAGGUGCUACACGAGGAAUAGGCGCAUCAAUAGCACACGCAUACGCCCAAGCUGGCGCAUCCACCCUCAUCCUCGUCGGACGAUCAUCCUCGUCACGUGAGCUCUUAUCCGUGGAGAAGCACGCCCAGGAACUGCACCCCUCGAUUCGAACGGCGACGUAUUUCUGCGACUUGACGUCUUCUAAAGACGUAGAAGAGCUGGCAAAGAGGGUGAGGGAAGACAUUGGGAAACUUGACAUUCUCGUGCUAAACUCUGGCAUCUCCGGGCCGGUGGUUUUGAAAGUAGAGGACGGCGACCCCCAGGAUUUUCAGGAUGUUUUCAAUGUCAAUGUGCAGGGGACGUAUCUGGUUGCGCAUUACUUCAUACCAAUUUUGAAGGAGAGUGAUGGCGCGAAGACCUUCAUUGUCGUGGGCUCGUUUGCGGCGUGCAUCAUCAAGGGACAUAUUGCGAAUACGGCGUAUUGCUUGAGCAAGUUUGCACAGAGCCGGCUGGUGGAGUUCAUUGCGGAGCAGUCUGGGAAGGAUGGGAUAUUGGCGGUUUCUGUGCAUCCGGGUGCGGUUGCGACGGAUUUGGCGAAUGCGACUACGCCUGAUAGCUUUAGACCUUAUUUGACGGACGAUGUCAGCCUUUGCGGUGCUUUUUGUGUCUGGCUGUGCCAGGAAAAGAGGAUGUGGUUAAACGGAAGGUUGAUCAGUGCUACAUGGGAUGUGAGCGAAUUGCUCGAGAAGAAAAAGGACAUCGAAGAAGGAGAUCUGUUAAAAUGGGGUUAUCGGACUGUGAACCACAUAGACAAUUGA